CUGACGGACGGCGCCAGACGAUGCACAGACGCACGGCUGCGCCGCAACACCAAACGACCGGUGGGAGGGUUCACACUUUACGUGGAGGCAGACUAUUUAUGGUUUGCUGUAUAGCCCAAUUAUGGUUCACAGUGUGCCGACACGCGUGCUUCUGUUGACGGAAAUGAAAAUCUACUUCCGAAUGGCCUGUCCGACCCCCCCGGUGCGGUCGUCGGUGUUCGUAUCUCCGGCGGUCAAUACAAAACGCGCGAAAAGUAAACACGCUCCAGGCAGUAACCGUAGCGUGGAUGAUUCAAAUCUAACCGGUUUGUUUGGAUAGCUGAUUAUGAUGCAGCUCAUGGAUUUGUUGUUGUUGUUGUUGUACUGGGGACGCCACCUGCCCGAAAGCAUCUCAAUCGGUACGCGAACAAUCGGCAAUCGGCGGUGACGUCCGGAUGAUCGGACGCGCCCUAACAAUAAAACCGUCGAUAAUGGAUUAUCACUCACACACACACACAAUUGGCAACAUUAUUGUCGAUAAUAAUGGAGGGAUUGCCGAUGUUCGUCGAUCCUGCAAUCGGGAAUUAUAGCCUCGAAAGCCGUUGUGCUGUCCAGAUUAGUCGCUUAAGGGCCGAACGCUUCGUCGGUUCACUUAACGGGGGGCGCAACCCGCCACGUGGAUGUGAAGAUAGAGCAUCAAAGAUCACGGCUAAAACGCGUUUUAAAAAAUCGAGCAUUAUAAUUAGCGUAUAAUUAGGUGAUUAGAAUUACUAACGGCCGAAGUGAAAAUAAAAAUGACUUUCAGUGCUGAUCCGGCGCAACAGAACCGUGAAGAAACCAGAUGGACGUUUUGGCUGAUUACUGCCGGUUUAUCAACUACCUUCGGUGCAGCAGUACCAACCGGUUACAAUAUAGGCGUCAUAAAUGCACCGGCAAAUUUUAUUAAAAACUGGUGCAAUGAUACGAUUUACGAAACGUACGAGAGCGUCUUUUCGGAGGGCAACCUGGAGACGUUAUGGUCGGCGGUUGUGUCCAUCUUUUUGGUUGGCGGUGUAAUUGGAUCGCUCGGCGGUGCAUGGGUUGCCGACAGACUCGGCAGGAAACGAUCCUUCCUGUUGUGUGGAUUUCUGCUUUUUGUCGGCGGCGUAUGCUUCCAGUUCUGCCAGACGCUCAGCUCGGUGGAGCUGCUUAUGGCGGGUCGUUUCUUGGUCGGAUUGGCCGCCGGUUUGACCACCAGCACGGUUCCAAUGUAUCUGACCGAGCUGGCCCCGCUAGGGCUGCGCGGUGCGCUCGGCGUGUUCUGCUCGAUGGGCGUCACCGGUGGGGUGGUGGUCGGGCAGAUCAUCAGCUUGGAGGAAAUAUUCGGCACCGAGGAGCACUGGCAGUUUGCUCUCAGCUUCUACGUCAUCCUGGUGGUGAUCUUCUUCGUACCGUAUCCGUGGCUGCCGGAAAGUCCCAAGUACCUGUUCGUGAUUCGCCGGCGGCAGGACGAGGCGGUGAACGAGCUGAAACGCGUCGCCGGCAAAAAGGUUCGCGACGAGUAUGUGCGCGAGCAGAUCGAUGCGAUGCGCCGGGAGUGUACGCCGGAGAACGACGAGGAAUCGUGCGGCGAUGGGCAGAGUACAGUGCAAAAGCCCAAAGAACGUACCAUUUGGUCGGUGCUGACGGAUCGGACGUUGCUGCUUCCACUGGUGCUGGUCUGUGCCUUACAAGGUGGCCAACAGCUGUCCGGAAUCAAUGCGGUUUUCUUCUAUUCCGUUCGGAUAUUUGAAUCGGUCGGCCUGAGCUCAACGGACGCCAAGUUUGCAAAUCUUGGUGCCGGCUGUCUUAAUCUGUUUGUUGCGUUCUUUAGCCCAAUUUUAAUGGCAAAAUUCAACCGUCGCUUUUUGGCCCUCUUAUCCUGUGCGAUGUGUGCGUUGUUUUUGUUCUGCCUUACGUUCAUCGUAUUCUUUAUUGACGACGUGGAAUGGUUUUCUUAUGCAAGUAUCGUCGCUAUCCUGUUGUACAUUCUCUUCUACCAAAUAGGACUUGGACCGAUACCUUAUUUCAUCGGCUCUGAACUGUUCGAGGUUGGCCCGCGGCCCGCAGCCAUGGCCAUGGGCAGCUUGGCCUCGUGGGGCUGCAACUUCAUCGUGGCCAUGCUGUUCACCACGCUACAAAGUGCUUGGGGAGCGUUCGUCUUCCUUCCUUUUGCGUUCACCUGCGUUGCGCUGACGGUACUGCUGAGGAUUUAUUUGCCCGAAACGCGCGGCAAGCACAUCUCGCAGAUUGUACCGCUGGUCGCUAAAGGAUUCAGCUCCAAGCCGCUAGUGCCUUAGUGUUGCCGCUCCUGCCCACAGCAAUAAUGACAUUAAAACAACAACAAAAAAAAACAAAGCAAACAAACCUACAAAACAAAAGCAGCCCCGAAAGCUACACAGAAACAUGUUGUGAUUUUUAUUACUUGCUCAAAGACAAAGAUUGGUGGAGCGGAUAAUGGAGGGAUAAAACAAAAAAAAAACAACAAAACAAAGUGGCUUAACCGUUUAUCCUAAGCUUAGCAUUGUAUACUAGUACUUAGCUUAAGAAGAGCGUUAUUUUUAAUGAACAAAAAAAACAAAAAAAGAGAUUUGUUACACGAUACAGGGGAGCUGAAUGGAAAAUGAAGAAUGAAUAAGAAAACCAAAA